UUCGGGACGACGAGAGAAAACAGUGGAGAAGAGAUAGGCCAAAGAUCGUCAUUUUUGUGGCGAAAAUGGCAUCUGCUGAAGCCAUCGAAGAGUAUAGGUCUUCUUUAGCCGACCUGACAUGCAACAGCAAGCCUCUUAUCAACAUGUUGACCAUGUUAGCCGAAGACCAUGAGGAUUGUGCGAACGAAAUCGUCCAUGUGAUCGAAACCCACAUCGCAAAGGCGAAGCCAUCUGUCAAGCUGUCUGUGAUGUACUUGAUUGACUCCAUAAUAAAGAACCUGCCACAGUCCAAUUAUAUUCCUGCUUUUACAAAUAACAUCACACAAAUAUUUUGUGGUGUUUUUGAAAAGGUUGAUGAAAAGACGCGGCAGUCAUUGUUCAAGCUUAGGCAAACCUGGUCAGACAUAUUUCCCAGUAGGAAAUUAUACAUGAUCGAUGUAAGAGUGAAUCAGAUGGAUCCGGCUUGGCCCAUUACUGCACCAUCCAAAGGACCAGGAAGCAUUCACAUCAACCCUAAAUUUAUCAAACAGCCAUCUGAAGAGCCGGUCGAAAAAGAAGAUCAUGAGGCCGAAAUGAGACAACAACUAAUUGCCAAGCAGCAGGAAUUGCUAAGACUUCAACAAGAGCGAUUAGAACUAGAACUUGCAGAGACCAAAGCAAAGUUGGAAAAGCAAAAAAAGGAUGCUUUAAUUUCACGGAGUGAUCAGAUUCCCAAGCCUCAAGAACCUGUGACAUUACCAGCAGAGAUUUCUAUCCUCACAGAAACAUUACCACCCAUUCAACCAGCAGUAGCUCCAGUCAUUCCACCACAGAAGCCUGCCCGGCCUUCCAGAGAUCCACGCUUAGCAAAUCGAGAUCCACGCUUGGCCUCUCGGGAUCCCAGGAAAGCUACUCAUGUGACCCCGCCACUUCAGAACUCUAGCCCAGCCACAGCUCCCGUGGUGGAAGUUCCUGUACACUCUGUAAUUGUAAAUAGUACACGAUUGAAUCCCCCCACUGAGAACGUUUUGUCUCCAACUCCUGCUUUAAUAACACCAGUAGUUGAGCCAGAACAUAAAAUAAGAACAGCAAAAUCUUUAUCGCCCACAUCCUCUAAAUCCAAAACAAAAUCCUCAGAGGGUAAGCCAAGAGUAGAAAAAGGAGACAAAGAUUCUCUCUUAAAGGGAGAAAAAUCCAAAGAUAUCAAAGACAGUAAACAAAACAGCACUAGGAAAAAAUCUAGUCCCCAGGAGAAGAAUAGCUCUGCCUCUGGUCGGAACUUGAGUACAGGUCCUGAGAAAUCCCAGUCUAAACUUACACAGGAAGUUGACAAACCUGCUCACAGAAGCAGGAGUAGCUCGGCUGAUUCCUCGGCAAGUUCAAGAAAAGAUGAGAAGCGAAGGGAUCAUUUUGAUAGAAGAGAUCGCCCAUAUCGUAAGAGAAGAUCUGGAGAGAGUAGCGGUGAAGAAGAUGACCAUAGAAGAGGUCAACCUGAGAAAAGAGGAAAACUUGAUGUGGAUAUGCACACUGGAAAGUCCAGAUCGUCGAGAUCCAAGUCCCCAGACUCUGUAAAACCAGACAAAAGGGGUCGAUCAAGUUUCUCCAAGGAUAGAGACACCGAACGAGAUCACAAGGAGAGAAGACCUUCUGUUAACAGUGAUAAACAGUCCAGUAAAAUGACAGAUGGAAGUGAGAAAAAUAGUAUGAUUAGCGCAAAGACUGAUGAUCCAAGAGAAAAAAAACGAACAGAGAGAGAGAGAAAAGGGAAGGAAAGUAGUAAAUCCAGUGCUAAAGAAAACACCACAUCAAGCAAAUCUGAUCCAGCUCUUAAAGACAGUACAAAGGACAACAAAGCAGGAAGCAGAAACUCAAAAUCAAAAGAGGCCUCUAGCACAGCCAAGAUCAGCAAACCAAAACCGGAGCCUGCUAAAACAUUCAGGAUUCCCAGAAAACGUGAUUUAAGUCAGAAAGAUACUGUCAAAUCUGAUAAAAAGGCUGAAGCUCCGGACAGCAAAAAGCCUCGCCCUUCGGCACCGGAAAAUUGUACAGUGGCGUCCGCUAUAGAUGGGGAUAUAAGUGAUUUGUUUGGGUCUGAAGAUCAAGAUUACAGACAAUUGCCUCCGACCCCAACAGGCAAAGGACAGCUCAGGUGUCCACCUUUGAAGAGUCCAUCCAGUACUCGCUGGGCAAAAUUCAAAGCUGACCACCCAGAAGAUUUUCCAUUUGCUGCAUCAGAAGAUGUUGACGAAAGAAUACCGCCUGCUUUUAAGGACAUUGAUAUGAGAGACGCUGGAGCUCCAAGGAGACCCCUUCUUCCAUCAGUGGAGGAGAGAAACUUUCCACCCAUGAUGGCACCACCAAUACCACCAAGGUUUGGCAAGAGGCCAGUAGAGAGGAGGCUAAGCAUAGGCCCAAAUACAGCCAUUCCAAAAGAAUUGUCUAUGCAGUCAAGAGGGGAGCUCCUUCAAAGAGCUGAGCAGCUGCGCCUUGCUGGAGAGUUGAGUCAUCAUCAGCAUCAAGAACUGUUAGCAGCCAUCGGAGAACUGGAUGACUAUCAGCGAGAACGUGAACUUAUGCAGAGUCGAGGUGCUGAAGAAAGAGAGGUUUUACCCUUUCCACCAGGAGAUGUGGACUUGAGGAGCUUACACCGAAGAUCUCCUCCUCGACAACAGCCCAUCCGUUCACCUCCACGCCAUAGACAGGGCAGAUCACCCCCACGACAUAGACCAGGCAUGUCACCACCUCAUAUAAGGCCAAAUAGGUCACCACCACCACCUCAUUUAGGGCUAAGUAGAUCACCACCUCAUUUAGGGCCAGGUAGGUCCCCCCCUCAUUUAGUGCCAGGUAGAUCACCACCUCGGCGAGGUUCUUUUGAAGGUCCCCCUGGUGUUCCCAUGGAUAUUGACCUUCGACCAGAGCAUCAUGGUGGAGAUAAGGACUUUAGGAGAGCUGGUGGCCACCCACAAGAUCCUAGACCCUUGCCACACACCAGAGAUCAUCCCUCGGCUCUUGAAGGAGAGGACUUCAAUCACCCUGGCAGUAGAGGUCCUCCAAGAGGCCGAAGCCCACCUCCAGGUGGUCACCGGGUUGAGGACAGGCGUCUCCACGAUGGACCAGGUCCACGAAGGGAAAAACCUCCACAUCCAAGAUCUUUUGGAUCAAGAAGAGACCCAGCAAUGAGAGAUAGAGAUUUUCGUGAUAGACAUGUACCAUUUGAUGCUCAACACAUUCCAAAAGAUCCUUUUGUUGUUCCAUUACCACAUGAGGAUUUGAGAUGGGAUAUGGACCCAGGGAUGCUUGGAUUUGAUGAUCACCAAGAAGUUGUGAUAGAUAAAAGUGUGUAUUCAUUGAAACUGGGAGAUCGACCAAGAAAAAUUCGCAUUUUUGGCACUCAUGUUGAGCUGUUUGCUGAUGAACUUGCUCGAGCCAUCAGACUGAAUGGGGAAAUUGUGUACUCAUUUGGAGAGCCUGUAAAGGAUUUGAAGAUUGGGAAUCAGGUGUGCAAAUUUUUCUAUCAUGGUCCAUCAAGACUGUUCUGGGUGGAUGGACAACCCCAUGAUGUUCGAAUAGAUGCACCCCCUAAAAGAAUGGUCCUGGGGGACAAACAUGUCCUUGUUCAGAUUGAUGGCAGAGAUAUGAUGUUGUUAAUAGACAGAAUUGAGAAAGGGCCUUAUGGAGGACCACCACGUGACCUCAUCAUUGAGAACAGACGAUUUGAAUUGCGAUUUGAUCCCCCGCCAAGAAAAAUCCUCGUGGAUGGAGAACAGUGUGAGCUACUUCUCAACAAAAAAAUACCAAUGAUUAUGAUCAGGGGCAAGCAACACCUUAUUGCCUUCGAUGGACCCCCAAGAAAUGUGCUAAUUGAUGGUAACUAUUACCUCGUUCCCUGUGAUUCCCCAGUUAGGGUUCGCCUGGGCAGCAGGUCUCAUGUGUUGGCUCUAGGAGGGCCUGCACAUGAGGUCAUUAUAGAUGGUAAAUGGUUUGAGCUGAAGUUUGGUGGCCCUAGAAGAGAAAUUCAGUUAGGAAAUCGAACACAUAUGAUCUCUCUUGAAGGACCUCCUCCAGAAGUGAAAAUCCUAGCUGAGGUUCCUCUUGGGUAUGAACCACCAAUCUUGACAGACAAGGCCAGGAAAGACCGACCACUUUUCUCUAUACCACAAGCCAUUAUGACACCAGGGCCUGGGCAGCCAAUGCCAGGUCCUGGUCAACCAAUGCCAGGUGCAGUGCAGCCAAUUCCAGGUCAGCCAAUGCCCGGUCCUGGACAGCCCAUGCCGGGCCCCGGACAGCCAAUGCAAGGCCCAGGCCAACCAAUGCCAAGACAUCCAAUUCAGGGUCCCAGACAUCCAAUGCCAGGACCUGGACAGCCAAUACCAGGACACCGGCAACCAAUGCAGGAUUCUAGGCUAGUGCUUCCAAGGCCGGAACAGCCAAUGGUGGGAGCAGGGCAGCCAAUGCUGAGACCAGGACAACCUAUGCUAGGCCCAGGCCAUCCUUUGUUCAGGCCAGAUGGGCCUCAAUUUAAUGCAGAAUUCCGGGGUCCCCAUCCAGAUGGCAUGACAAUGGUGCCUCACAUUAUAGAUGGUCAACACAUUCAUCCAGGCCAGCCUAUGCCAGUUCGAUUAGAAGGGCCACGAUUUGAAGGCUCUGGACCUGUCCCAUUCCAGAUGACGGGGACGCCUGGCGGUAUGCCGAGACCUGACCUGGCAGGACCUAAUCACCCUGUGGAUGGAUCUAUGUCCUUACCCUCAUUACCAGCUCAACUACCUCAGAUACCAAUCUCACCCUCAAUCCUGGCCAAUGUGUCUCAGUCCUUGAGUCUACUGUCCCAGAUGAACUCCAGCGGCCAGAUGAUCUCACAGCCGGCAGUGUCUUCAGCAUUCCCUGCUGGGGUCAGCAGCAUUAGUUCUCAGCAGCCAAUGGUACCCCAGCCAGGCUUGCUGCAAACGACUGCCUCAGGUGGCAUGCCCAUACAGUUUAAUCCAGGUAUCUCUCAACCUACAACCACUCCUGCAGCCCCUCUGGACGUAAACACUCUGUUCAAGAAACUCCUGACGACUGGCAUCAUAAGUAAAGUGGAACCAAAACAAGAAACCCAGGAGCCCAGUGUAGAAAAUCAAGAAAGCCAGGAAAUUGUGGAAGAGAAAAUAGAAGAAAUUCCGGACAUAUCUGAUUUCAGACUGGAUAAGUUAAGAAAGCGUUACAACGGUGCUAUACAGAGAAUCUACAGUGGUAUUCAGUGCUCAUCCUGUGGUAUGAGGUUUGUCAUACAGGACACAGAGAGAUACAGAGAGCAUCUGGACUGGCAUUUUAGACAGAACAAGAGGGAGAAGGAAGGCAUACGAGUUGCCAAGAACCGACGGUGGUUUUACACUGCUAAUGACUGGAUCCAGUAUGAAGAGAUAGAAGAAUCAGAAGAAAGAGCUCGUAGUUCUAUAUUUGAACGUAUGCAGGAAACCAGUACGGAGAAGCCAUUGUUCAAUCUGCCCAGCAGUGAGGUGAUCAUUAGGUGUCCCCCUGCCUCUGAUGAGACUGAUGUGUGUGAGAUCUGUGGAGAGCCGUUUGAACAGUACUUUGAUGAGGAAGAAGAAGACUGGCAUCUGCGGGAUGCUGUACGGGCAGGAGACAAGACCUACCAUCCUGUGUGUUAUGAAGAUGCUACUCAGAGUACAGUGGAAAAUACUCCCAGUCCCGUGUCAUCCCCAGUCGUUGAUCCUCUAGCUGUGGUGAAGCCAGAACCAGAGACUAAUGAGACGGAUGUAGAUGUGAAAGAUAUAGUGAAGGAUGUCAUUACAGAGACGACCAUUAAAAUGGAGAAUCCAGAACCAGAGAAAAUAAAAGAGGAGAUUAAACCAGUCAAUCCGGCAGCAGAGGCUGAUGCAAAGAACACAACUGAAGAGAGUGUUGAUGUCAAGACAGAAUCUUCCAAAACGACAGAGGCUGUGGAAAAAUCAGAAGCAGUGAAAGAGGAGAAAAUGGACACCUCAUAGUUUCACUUUCAUUAUUGGUAAUGGUGCUUCUCAUCUUGGAUAUCUGCAGGUAGACAAGAAAUGUUUAUCCUGGAUAUUUCUUGUGUGUACAAGGUAUGGCGUCUGAUAGGAGUGACCAAAAGAGUAAGACUUACGAUUCAGUUUACCCAAGACUAAGUCUCUGAAAUUUUGAGGUGCAUAGCGGAAAGAGUUAAAUAAUUCAAUUACAUGUAUACUUUUUGUAUAAGAUAAGCAAAUGAUGAUCAGGUAAAUUAUUUGUUCAAGUCAAAAACUUGAACAUAUGUAAAUACAUGUAACUAGCAAGUGUUAUAUCUGUAAAUAUGUAUAUAGUGUACAUUGAAAAUCAGUUUUAUUUGUUCAUCACAUUUUGUAGAAAGAUCUCAAUUUCACAAUUCCAUGGAGAGUAAGCAAGAUUUUAUGGGUAAUUCAUUUUGAUUGCUUUUAAUUCAGGUCACUAAUUUCAUUGGCAAUGUUAUUUUUUCCCUCUUUUUUAAUGCUUGACAUUUAAAGUGCAAAUUCACAUGGCUAUAUGGUACGAGUUAAGCCAAAUGCCCCCAAUUAAAACUGUAUUCACCAAAUUUAGUUAUUUAUGCAUUUCAGUUCUAGUUAAGAUUUUUUCCAUAGGCACAAGCUGUUGUGAAUAUUGAGAAUGAAUAUUACAUGAUGCAGGCAUCAGGUGAUUUACAUGUGUGUACGAGGGUGUGUGUUGACUGGUGAUGUAAACAGACUUUAUACCUGUAGCAGACGGGAGGAGGCCUACAACAAAAUAAAAAUCCUUCAACAAA